AUGCCUCCUAAUAAAGAAAAAAGUGAAUUUGAGCCAGAAUGGGCCGAUGAGGUAGAGGAGCGUUCAGAUCGAAAGCCUACUGCGAGCACAUUCGGUUCCCGAAAAGAUCCCCAGUGGUGGGAUAUUGCUACCUUCAGCAAGGAGGACAAUCCAGGGGGACUGGUUGCGGAAUCCUCUUUUUCUUGUUUAUUUCCUAAAUAUCGCGAGAAAUAUAUUAGAGAGAGUUGGCCGCUCAUCGAGAAAACUAUGGGAGAACAUUAUUUGAAAACUAACCUGGACCUUUUAGAAGGAACUAUGACUGUUAGUACAACACGCAAAACGUGGGAUCCAUAUAUAUUGAUUAAAGCACGUGAUGUCCUAAAACUCAUGUCACGAAGCGUUCCGUACGAACAAGCCAUUCGUGUCUUGCAGGAUGAAGUGUUCUGUGAAAUCAUCAAAAUUUCUUCCAUGUGUGCCAAUAAGGAGCGAUUUGUGAAACGCCGAGCUCGCUUAGUUGGCAAUAAUGGUGCCACACUAAAAGCAAUGGAACUGCUUACACAGUGUUAUGUAUGUAUACAAGGAGGAACUGUCUGCGCAGUUGGACCACUUGCAGGUCUGAAACAAGUGAGUUCAAUUGUGAGGGACUGUAUGAACAAUAUUCAUCCUAUCUACAAUAUUAAAACUCUUAUGAUAAGACGUGAAUUGAUGAAAAACGAUAAAUUGAAGGAUGAAAAUUGGGAACGAUUCCUACCGAAUUUCAAGAAGAAGGUGCAAUCAUCGGCUACCGCGAACGAAGCUAAAAAGAAGAGAAAGUUAGCUUGGAAAAAGAAGGCCGAAUACACACCAUUUCCUCCUGCUCCUACGCUUAGCAAGAUUGAUAAGCAGCUAGAGACUGGUGAAUUCUUCAUGACUGAAAAUGAGCGAUUACUUAACAGGAAGAGGUACGUGAUAUCGUUCUAUGUCGUCUAUGUCGUUUAA